UUAGCAACCACCUGGCCUCUUAAAGGGGAGCUGGAGCAGUGGUUGCCACCAGCCAUGGCUCCCAAAAAAAAGGCAGGCAAGGCGGCCAAGGAGUUCGAGGUCAAGAAGAAGAAAGGGAACAAGAAGGAUGCCGGCGUGGCCAACAAGCCCAUGGAAAUGCCUGUGGGCGAGGAGAUCCGGGAAUUCUACCACAUCCAGAUCCGAGACCUGGAGGACAGGCUGGCCCGGUACCAGCGGAAGUGGGACGAGCUGGCCGUGCAGGAGAAGCUGUUCCGCCAGGAGUUUGAGCAGCUGGCCAACAACAAGAAGGAGAUCGUGACCUUCCUCAAGCGCACGCUCAACCAGCGGGUGGAUGAGAUCGCCGACCUCAACGAGCAGCUCCAGAGCCUGCAGCUGGCCAAGGAGAUGGAGAAGGAUGCCUUCGAGGCGCAGCUCGCCCAGGUGCGCCACGAGUUCCAGGAGACCAAGGACCAGCUCACCACGGAGAACAUCGUCCUUGGGGGGAAGCUGGCAGCUCUGGAGGAGUUCCGCCUGCAGAAAGAGGAGCUCACGGAGAAGUUCGUGUCCCUGGAGGACCAGCUGCAGAAGCAGGAGAGCGAGUACAAGGACUACGUGUACAACCUGGAGAAGAAGUCGGUGCUGGACAAGGACAGACUGAAGAAGGAGAUCAUCCAGCGCGUGAACCUGGUGGCCACCGAGUUCCGCAAGGUGGCCACCAGCCAGAUGUGGGACACGACAAAGCGGGCCAUCAUGGAGAACAGCACUGUGACCCUGCAGCUCUCCAAGAUAUCCCAGCAAGGCAUGCAGCUGCUGCAGGAGAACGAGCAGCUCAAGGGCACCCAGGACAAGCUGUGCAAACAGCUGGAGCUGCUGGAGAACACCCAGAAGGUCAUGGCCCAGCACAGCAGAGGCCACCAGAAGAUCAUCCUCCUGCUGACGGAGAAGUGCCGCGAGCAGCAGCAGGGCCCCGUGGAGGCCGAGCGGCUGCGCCUCCAGCUGAGCCAACUGGAGCAGAGCCUCCAGCAGCUGCAGAAGGACAACCAGGACCUGAGGAGCCAGAGAGACCAGCUGCGCCUGCAGCUGGAGCGGCAGCAGGCCGAGGCACAACGGCUACAGCACGAGCUGACCACAGAGCAGAAGGUUCGGGCAAGUCUGGCGACAGCCCUGGUCCAGGCCACGUCCUUCCUACAGAACAUUCUGCAGAUACAGCCAGACAAGGAGGACAGCGACUUUGACGUCGAGUUCCAGCUGCAGCACAAGGAGAUGCUAAAGCAGCUGUUGGCCAUGCUCAGCUCAGCAGUGGUCCUGAGCCCCAAGAUAGCUGUGUGCCCCCGCUGGGAGAGCCGGCCCUAUAGCCCGCCCAGGGAGAGCCAGUCCAGCACCCAGCCACCCACGGGGACUCCGCUGCAGCAGCUAUCUGGCAUCACACCCUACCAGCCGGGGGACCUGGGCCUCGUGCCUCGACGGCCCCACAUCCCACCCAACACUGAGGACCUCAGGCUGCUUUCACACACCACCCGUGUGGGAACCUUCCAGGUACACAGUAGCCCUGAGGACAGUGUGCCAAGGGCUCCAGCGACAGCAAGAUGGCAGCCAGCCCUGGGUGCAGAGCACGGCUCUGCCAGCUGUGUGGCCUUGCAGAUGUGGCUGGACCUCUCCAAGCCUCCAUUUUCCCAGCUGGAAAAUGGGCCCAAAAAAGGCAGAGGUAGGCUGGGAACCCCAGAGAAGGCCUCAGCUUCCAAACUGGCAUCUUUCAUCUUACAGAUCCACAACGCUGGUUCUCCAAAAAGGUUCAAAAAGUUUAGUCUUCCUGGAGUUUUCCUACCUUCCAAGUAAGCCCCAGAGAGAAGGCCAGCCCGCAUCCCAGAAAUGGACCGUUCCAACCACAGUCCCUCCUUUAAUCCGUAGGCGGCCUGGAGCAGCCCAGAGAAGAGUUAUAUAAAAAGUGGA